CUGAGGUGAUGGACAUAGGAGGUGGUCAUGGACUGGUGCCCUGGGACAGGGCUGGGGCAACACCAGGGACUGGGGUGAUCCCCAGGCACCCAGACCUCGUCUUGGGGGGAGCGGGUGCAUGGUCGGGGGCUGCUGUGGCUCCAGGCACCCCGGCACCACCUCUCACUGCCACAGAGGAGCUGGUGCGGCUGCACGGCGGCUCCAUCCCGGCCUGGGCACGGGCGCCAGAGGAGCGCGAGCAGCUCUGGUCCGCACGGCACAGCGCCUGGUUCGCCGCCCUGGCCCUGCGGCCCGGCUGCCAGGGCUACUCCACCGACGUCUGCGUGCCCAUCUCCCGCCUGCCCGGCGUCGUGGUGGAGACCCAGCAGGACCUGCGGGACGCCGGCCUCACCGGGCCCCUGGUGGGACACGUGGGCGAUGGCAACUUCCACUGCAUCCUCGUCUUCCGCCCCGAGGACCCGGACGAGGCCCGGCGCGUCCACGACUUCGCCGAGCGCCUGGGCAGGCGGGCGCUGGCAGCGGGCGGCACCUGCACUGGGGAGCACGGCGUGGGGCUGGGCAAGCGGGCGCUGCUGCGGGAGGAGCUGGGCCCCCAGGGGCUGGACACCAUGCGCCGCAUCAAGGCCGCGCUGGACCCCCACCACCUGAUGAACCCCGGCAAGGUGCUGUGAGCGCCCGCCAGCCCCCCCCAGCGCUCCCCAGGGAAGCACGCUGCACCCCCGGCUUGUUGGGGACUUGGGGCUCCGGCACCCCCCUGCGAUCCCCCGCUUCUCCAAGAAUGCCAGUGAAAUAAAAUAACAGUGAAUAUUUUAUUGAA